AGAAGGUACACCAUCGGAGGGCAAGGGCACCGCAGCACCAGGGACCCCCUGACUAUGCAGCACGCUGACAUAGAGAGGAAGAAAGAGGUGUUCCUGGAGCACCUGAAGCAGAGGUAUCCUCACCAUGCUGCUGUCAUCAUGGGCCAUCAGGACCACCUCAUGGGCCAUCAGGACCGCCUCAGAGACAUCAGGAGCCCCCAGCACUCGGUCAGCCCCCCGCCCGGUGUAGGGGAGCAACUGGAGCACCUAUCCGUGGUCUCUCUGGAGUCUCUGGAGACCAUGUCAGAGGGAGAUGGUCCUGCUGCCUUCACCCGGGGCUGUCGGGCACGGGCCAGCCUGCCGGUGGUCCACUCUGCCAACCAGACCAAGGACAGAUCACUAGGUGUGCUGUACCUGCAGUACGCAGAGGAGACCAAGCAGAUCCGGAUGCCCAAUGAAAUCACCAGUGGAGACACCGUCAGAGCUCUGUUUGUGAGUGCCUUCCCCCAGCAGCUCACCAUGAAGAUGCUGGAGUCUCCCAGUGUGGCCGUCUACAUCAAGGAUGACAGAAGAAAUAUAUACUACGAGCUAACUGAUGUCAGAAAUAUCACACCUGGCUGCUGUCUGAAGGUGUACCACAAAGACCCUGCACACGCCUUCAAUCGCAGCAACGCAAGAUCCAACAAUGCCGACGGCAGGAUACCAAGAGAGAUACUGUAUGGAAGUCAUAGCCCUGUCCACACUUUACAAUCCACCCGCAUUCCUGUCCACGCCAUUCAGGGGUCCAUGUCUCCCCCCAUGGCCCGCUCCAUGCCCUCCUCCCCCUCCAGGAUCCCCUAUGGUCCCCAGGCUGGGGGAGGGGUGCCAGGCAGUGCCACCCUCCCCAGGGCCAGCAUGUCCAGCGGGCCACCCAGCAGGUCCGUCACCCCCUGCCCCAGUGCCAUCCUGGAGAGAAGAGACGUCAAACCUGAUGAGGACCUGAGCAGUAAGAGUAUGGCGCUGGUGCAUGCCGACGGGCUGUAUGUCAACGUCACUGACCCCUACGCUGUCCAGGAGGGCCGGCUGAGUAUCGCCUCCUCACAGGGGGGCAGCCACACGGGGGACGUGGUCGACAUGGGUGGUGGCCUCCUCCGGGCUUCGGGCAAGUCCACAGCCUCCUAUUCAGAGAACCCAGAGCAGCAGCACUCCCUCUACAGGCAGAAGUGCCGGAGGUAUGGUGAAAACCAGGGACUACCGCCGUUCGGCACCAAAACCCCACCAUCUUCCCCUCACAGAGUGAAUGAGGUCAGGAUGAUUGACAACCAUGGCCCUGUGGCCCCGGAGAGGGGGUCUCCUAUUCGCCGGUCCCUGCGGAGGGAGAGUAAUGGUAAUACUGUGGAGGUGGUGAACAGGACCAGGGGUAGUGUGUCCUCUGUGUCCUCCUCUCCUGUGUUCCUGGAGUUCCCCCCAGGGCACCAUGGGGACAAAUUGUUCCAGGGUCACCUCACCCCCAAUGACCCUCAGACCAGUGAGCGAAUGAAGGCCAUGGAACAACAGAUCGCCAGUCUUGCUGGCCUUGUUCAGCAUGCACUUUUUAUUGGGCCAGCUGAGAGAGAUGGGAGGACUGCUUCUCCUUUCCAUGUAAACAACAGUGCAGGAGUGUCAGCAGUUCCUGCAGCCAGAAGCCCUGCCCUCCUGGCAGACGCCGCCAGUGCUCUAGUCUCUCAGGCCCAUCCCCCUGACCCCGCCCUGCAGGUCACACUGACCACUGUCAGGAGGAAUGUCACUGAUCUGCGACAGCAGCUGCACCAACUCAGACAGCUACAGAUGCAGAACCAGGACAGUGUGAGGGUGAUGCUGAAGAGAGCGGAGCAGGAGCUGUCUGAGACCUUACAGAGACAGCAGCAUGAGACAGAGCCUGCCCAGAGACAGAGGACCACAGUGGAUGAGGAGAGACACAAGUACCUGGCCAUGGAGGAGAGAGUACUAGCCCAGCUCAGGGAGCUGGAGGAGUACGUAGACUGUCUGAGAAGAGACUUGUCCUCUUCCCCAGGUCAGCUGUCAGUCACCCUCAGGGAUGUGGAGGAGGGAGCUGUCAACCUCAGGAGGGUGGGAGAGGUCUUGGCUGGGCUUAAAGGUGAGUUUCCUAGCCUGCAGGGGAAGAUGCGGACAGUUCUGCGUGGGGAGGUAGAGGCAGUGCACUUUCUGAAGGAGGAGCCUCACAAGAUGGACAGCAUGCUUAAGAGGGUCAAAGCCUUGACGGAAGCUCUCAGCGGUCUCAGAAGAUGUGUCACAGAGAAUCAUCCUCACGAUCCCGAGCCUGGAGCAGCCAAAGCAUUCAUAGAGGAGGCUGUAGAGCCUGCCAUUGCCCAGUCUGAUCCCCCACUGAGGAAUCCCCCCACCGUGGAGUCCCCCAAACCUCAGCCCAGGUCCUCUGUCAGACCGCCCCUACCCCAGCUCCAGGGCCAGAACCCCGCAGUCAGGCCAGACAUGGCCCCCACGUCUCCUGUCGUCAUCCACCGUGUGAAGAGCUCUCCCGUCAAUAUGCAACCGUGUCAGCACUCAGUGGCCCUGCCGCACCACCACCACCCCAGCCCCCCGCUGACUCCCACCCAUGGCCGAGACUCCCCCACCGUGGCCAAGGUCAGUCCCCGCAGCCGGGAGAACAGCCCGGCCCUGCAGAAGAGAAUGAUCACCUGGUGCGGAGAUGGACCGGCCCCCAUGGCUAGCAGCACUGAGACCACCACACAACCACCUGGCUGUGCGGAGAACCAAACCAACAGGGGCAGCAUCAAAAACAGAGUCAUGGACAUCGAGGCUGCAGAGAGAGAGGGGGGCAUGGAGGAGGGGAGGCCACCACAGAGAUCAGCCACCUCUGCUGGGAAUCAGUUUGAGCAGAUUCUCCAGGAGGCCCAGGCCAGCCUAAUGAGGGCCAUCCCCGACCUAGAGUUGACCGAGACGGGGAGGAGUGAGUCUCAGUUUCCCAAUCCACCCCUAGCUCCAGACCAGCCAUCUCUCCCCCAGACCCUCCCAGACCCAAAGAUGCCCCUCAACACUCCACUGCUAGACGAGAUGGAUGUUCCUCAACCUACUGAGGCAUCUCUUCCAGAACCCAAUCAGCCAGCUAAUGUGGCUUCUGAGAUGACUGUUCAGGGCAGCCCUGAGCGACCACACAGGCCUAUGGUUGAGAAGCCUCGCAGGCCCAGUGUGGAGAGAGAGAUGAGGAACAGCCCAGAGAAAGCAGGGAAGUCCCCUCCACCGCCCCCACCACGGAGGUUCUUCACGUCACCAUCAAUCCCAGGCCUGACCACAGGGAGGUCUGGAGAAGUCGUAUUUACUACCAGGAAGGAAGCUGCCACCACACGGGACGAUGAAGAGGAGGUGUUCCUUCAACCCAGUCUCAAACCCACCAGACAGCCCCCAGAGGUCAAGCCCAAACCCCAAACCACAUCUGUUAUCACAGCCUCAGCUGAGCCAGAGGAAGAGGAGGAUGAAGAAGAGGAUGAGGAGGAGGAUACAUUCAUGAAGGAACUACAGGAGAGUCAGGAGAACCAGGGUAAAGAAAAAAGUGUGCUCAACACCAAUGAAAACAGAUUUGACACUGUACCAAAGAGUCCCAGGGUCAUGUAUUAUGUUAUGGGACAGAUAUCCAAUGAAAAGCCUCCAUCGGGAAGAACAGACCAAUCGGAAGGGAGAGAGGGAACAGUGUCCCCCUCACAGGUGGCAAACACAAAUAUGCUUGACUCCCAGCAGCCAGAGUUACUAACAGCAGAUGAGUCACCUCUAGUGGUGGAGUGCCAGGAUUGUCGUCCUAAAACACAAAAGAUAGCAGUUGGAGAAGAUAGUGAGAAGGCGAGCCUCGUAGAUGAGAAUGACCUGAAGGAUCCUGUUGAGAGUCAGAAAGAGGAGGUGGCUGAACCUGUGUGUUCUACAAUACCUGCAGAGAAGAAAGACUUACCUGCACCUACCGAAUUGAGCACUCAUCAUGCUAACAGUAUACCAUCAUCUCCACCAGUACCAGUAAUCCAGCCUAUGACUAUUAUAGCUCAGGAGGGUUCAGGUAGUCCAGUGUCUCCUCCACCAGUAGAGAGUGUGAACCUGGAUGACAGCCAGAGCCAGCAGGUAGUAUUUAGGUCAUCCAGAGGCAGAGCACCACGGUAUGUAGAGGAGAGCAGCAGCCUGAACCCUGACCUCCCCGACGAGGAGGGCUCUCCUCCCCCUGAGAACAUCUCCUUCAUGAUGAUUACCAGCAACAGAGUGCAGGCUCUAUCCACCAGGCAGUACCAGGAGAUAGUAAGUAGUACCAACGGGUUCGAGGUUCAGACCGUCAAGGUGGGGAACGACACCACCACCAGCGUCAGCCAGGAGGAGCACUGUGGCUUCGACAGGAAGCCUGUGAUCAUCAUAUUCGACGAGCCCAUGGACAUCCGGUCGGCCUACAAGCGUAUGUCCACCAUCUUUGAGUGUGAGGAGGAGCUGGAUGUGAUGCUGCACCAGAAGAGCAUCGAAGAGGAGAACGAGGAAGCAGAGAAGAAUGUACCUCAGGUAAAGCCUAACACUGAUCUCCAACAGGCAAACAAGACAGCAGUGACAGAAAACACUGCAAACGGUCACAGUAAUACUCCUGCUGUGGUUGCGCAACAGACAAGUACAUCAGAGUGCUCAUCGCCAGAACAGUCUAAAACAGAGUCCUCAAAUGGCAGCAAACCAGAGUCCAAAAAUAAGUUCAAAUUCAAGUUCCCAACAAAAAAGCUGGCGGCCAUCAGCCAAGCGAUUCGCACUGGGACCAAAACAGGCAAGAAGACGCUCCAGGUGGUGGUCUAUGAGGACGGGGAGGACGGACACAUGAAGGAGACCAAGAGGUUUGAGAUCAACAGCAGCAGCAAACCCCAAACUGACUCCAGUCACCUCACCACUGUGAAUAACGUAAUGUCAUCAAGCACUCUCACCUUUUCAAACUCUAAACGCAGGACAGAGGCGAUCUGUAAGAACACCUACGAGUCCAGAAACAGUUUAGAUGAGACCAUUAAAAAGCGGGAGAUCACCGUGGAGAAUAUAAGCCCCUCUGCACUUAAGAUAGACUCCUGUGAAGAGUGUCCAUCCACUGUGAAACUCAAACGAGAGAGGGAGGGCAGUCCCUCCAAGAGGUCUGCCCCUCCUCAGGUCUGUAAGUCCCUUAAUCCUCAGAAAUACCAGUGGCUCUCCUUCUUCAAGUCAGAUGUCACUUUCUGCAUCUGCAAAGUCCUGGCAGCAACCAGCCGGGUCAGCUGA